GCGUCUUCCUAAAAUAUUGGUUAGGUUUGAUGCAUCGAUGACUGUCAACUCUUGCACAGCAGCAACUAGUGUGGGUGACUGCACUGGACGUAGCAAUCACCUGUUUGAUAUCCAUCUAAUAGUACUGGUCACAGUAAUGUCAUCAUGGCCUUUGCCGUGCCAGAUUAAUGUACAACUCGGAAUUUUCCAAGCUUGUGACAUCAUCCGACGGUUGCGAAAUCUUUGCUGAAGACGUCGGCAACCUCGAGGGUCCAACCGUUAUCUUGGUUCAUGGCUUAGGGUCAUAUACAGUCGUAUUCAAUAACCUUUUCAAAGACAAUCAGCUACUUUCCAAAGUUUGUCUUAUGAGAUAUGCAAAAGUAUUUACUCGGCUGGAGUUAGGGAGAACUGUUGCGACGGAUGUCUGCACCCACUGUUCCGCAGGCUAUCUGUCGGGAAUCACCUACGUUUCCGUGCUCCCUUGCAUCGGAGCAAUCAUGAUGGACUUGGGAAAAGAGUGCCUUAAAAACCUUCAUCCAAGGCUCCUUAAGCAGGACGUCGCUGAUGCGCCCAAAGCGAGGAUCGACUUUGUCGAUUCCACGAUCAAUGAUUGUAACGCUUCCCGGUUACUUUGGGUUGGAGCGUUCUGAGUCAGUCCUGAAUGCCAACGACAUGUCACGG